UUCCAAGGCGCUGUCACUCUACACGUGCGAACAUUGUUGAAGCUCUCAGACUUAAAUAUCGGGAGGUUUCUCUAUGAUUUUAAAUAUCAUGAAAACGUAAAGAAUGGCGAGUAUAGUUUCGAUUGAGACCAAUGCUGAACAUUCAACUAUUCUUGGAAAGAGAUUAGGAUACUGUGAAGCUUGUACUGCCAAUGCGGCCAAAUACACUUGUCCUCGUUGUGAUGUAAAAACAUGUAGCAUGGAGUGUCUGAAUAUUCAUAAAACAGAACUGAAAUGUAAUGGCAUUCGAGACCGCACAAAAUACAUUCCGCUAGUGAAAAUGACUAAAAUGGAUCUAAUGAACGAUUAUUACUUUUUGGAAGAUUGUACGAAAUUCGUUCAGGACCGUAAACGCGAUCAAAGGAAGCGUUUCACUUAUCACAAAAAAAAUCUUCCAAUUCACAUGAUGCGUCUUCAACAAGCUGCUUUGGAUCGCGGGAUUGUACUAAAGUUUAUGUUUCAAAAUUUUAGCAAACGGCAAAAAAAUACAUCCUUUUUGGAUUUUAAAACUGAAAAAAUAUUUUGGCGUAUCGAAUGGUGUUUCCCCCAGACCAAUGAAAACUAUGUGUAUAUUGACAAACACAUAUGCGAAGAUUCAAAACUGUGUGACAUAGUAGACACAUAUUUACAACCCUCAUCGAAACACAUCGUCCCCGGUGUCGACAAACUGGCAAAUUAUCAAGCACGAGGCGUAGCAGGAGUCUCAUUACUUCUUAAAGCAGAAGGAGUUCAACAAAGUUACGAUCGAGUAACAUUGCUGAACAUUCACGAUACGUUGCGCGAUUCUUUACGGGGUAAAACUAUUGUGGAAUAUCCGACAAUUUAUGUGGUGCUUAAUGAUCAGCUGGACCAGUUCAACAUCGUCGAUAGUGAUGAUGAUCUGAAAGACGAAAUAUGUCAUAUCAACCAUACUCUUCAUAUAUGUGCAAGUGGAGUGCAACCUUAUAAUGAUGGAAGUUUGAGUAAUGCGAAAAAUGAACGCAAGAACCUUAGCAAGAGGAUAAAUUUUUUCAGUUUUGAAAUGUUGCAGAAUGACUCUUCAGAUUCAGACGAUACAACAUUGAAUGAGAAUAGCAUUUCAAAACGAUAUAAAUCGUAACCAAUUGAUUUUAAAAAAAUCUAACUGUAGUACAAUUCAUUUAAUUCAUAACGAUUAGAAUUGAUUUUUUGGUGAUAUAAUUGAUCCUAAAACAUCUUAGGCCGCAAAUACACGACGCGCGUUUCCGCGAGCGCGUUCAAACGCGUAUAACAGUUCCGCAGAGAUAUCCUGCAUGAGCAUCUCUGCGUUUCCGCGGUAGCGGUACUGAUUUGUAAACCUAUUCAUUUAAACUAAUUGGGGGGGGGGGUUCAAGCUCUGAAUGGACCGUGCCGCCAUACGUCAGUCUAUCCUGCUAUGGGGGGUAACACAUAAGUCACUGAAUUUUGCCCCGCUUUCCCCUAUGUAUUUUGGGGACAACCUGAUCUUUGUAAUUUGAGCAUACUCAGAUUGUUUAGCAAGGAAUCUGCGGCUUUAUAUCACUCUGAAAAUAUUUGUUUAUAUACGUUGUAGAAAUAUAAAGAAUUCAUUUGUAUUUACAUAGUAAUAAAAAAAAAACAAAGUUGUUAAAAAACAUCAA